GGUGUACUAAAUUAAUAAUAAACAACUAUUAGCAUACGGAGGAAGUACUAUUUUAUUUCUUUUACUUUGAUUAUCGUUAUUUAUUUAUGGGAAAAUACUCUGUUUUCAUUCUGAACUAUACACAAAAUUGCUGAGACACACUUAAACUUUAAGAGAGUCGUAUUAUCCUGAACUAAUUAGAAUCAUACUUUUUAUAAUCUUAGUACCUACGUGGCACAUCAGUGAAGCAACACAUUAAAGGUUUACGUAAGCACAUAUAUGUGUGAUGUACAUACUAAGAUUAUCAAAAAUACAGUUUUAAUUAAUCCACCUCCUAAAGUUCAGGUGUCAGCAAUUUCAUAUAUAAUUUAGGAUGAAAAUAAUACAUUUUCUCUUUAUUUAUUGUACUUUUUUAUCUUCUACGUAUAAAUGUCUUAAAGAGUCCAAUCCAAAUAUAGUGCUAAAAUUAAUUUCUCGAUUUUGCGUGCAUAUCGAAAGGUUUAGUUAUUGAGCUAUCCUUUUUUAUUUUUUUUUCAUAAGUCAAUAAUAUAAGUAUAUUUUUUCGAUUCGAUUUAUCUAAUUAUGUCGGUUUUACCAUAUGCUGAUGUUGAUUCGAGCUUAAAAGGUUUAGCCGGUCGAGCCGAAGGGUAUGGUAGGUUUGCAAUUGGCGGUUUAAAUGGUCCGGUUUAUUCAGUUACAUCAUUAACCGAUGAUGGUCCAGGAUCACUCCGUGAUGGAUGUCGUAAGAAAGAACCACUGUGGAUUGUUUUUGAAGUUUCAGGAACCAUUCAUCUUGCAUCUUACCUACGUGUGUCAUCUUAUAAAACUAUCGAUGGUCGUGGCCAAAGGAUAAAACUCACUGGUAAAGGCUUGCAACUGAAAGAUUGUGAGCACAUAAUAGUAUGCAAUUUGGAGUUUGAAGGUGGCAGAGGUCAUGACAUUGAUGGCAUUCAAAUAAAACCAAAUUCUAGGCAUAUUUGGAUAGACCGCUGUUCUCUUCGAGAUUAUGAUGAUGGACUAAUCGAUAUAACCAGACAAAGCACAGAUAUAACUAUUUCUAGAUGUUAUUUUGCUCAGCAUGAUAAGACAAUGCUUAUUGGAGCAGAUCCGUCUCAUGUUGGCGAUAGAUGUAUCAGAGUAACAAUCCACCAUUGCUUUUUUGAUGGGACGCGGCAGAGGCAUCCUCGUGUUAGAUUUGGAAAAGUUCAUCUGUACAACAAUUACACUAGAAAUUGGGGUAUAUAUGCUAUUUGUGCCAGCGUAGAAUCACACAUAUAUUCUCAAUGCAACAUAUAUGAAGCUGCACAGAAGAAAAAAGCUUUUGAAUACUACACAGAGAAGGCAGCAGAUAAGGAGGAAGCAAGGACUGGUUUAAUCAGAUCAGAAGGGGAUUUGUUUCUGAAUGGAGCUCAAGGGAGUUUGUUAACUGGUGCUAAUGGAGAAUGUGUUUAUCAUCCAAGUGAAUUUUACCCUGUCUGGACAUUGGAACCUGCCUCAGACUCCCUUAAAGCUGUUCUCCAAAUUUGCACAGGUUGGCAACCUAUUCCUCGGCCAUCCGAAGUGUGUGCGGGUCAGUAGGCGGAUGUAGAGCUCUGGUUACUAGGUUCAUCCGGAAUCUAGUGAGUUUGGCUUAGACCUUGUAUAUGUAUCAAAAAUUUCAUUAAUUAAGUACAGUUGAAUGAUUCUGAUCUCAAACCCAUAAUGUUCGAAUCUUGAAUCUGCCUCUGGUUUCAUCGACAGACCGACCCAAGGCUGGGUUAAAUAUAGUAAAUAGUUGGUAUAGUCUUCUUUAUCUAUAUGUGUAAUGUAAUAUAUUUGCUCUUCUGGUGUCUCAUGUUUGUCAAAACUCUGGUGAAACCUAAUAAUAUCUUAUAUAUUGCUAUAUAAGAAUAUCAAAGUAUGAAUUAUA